UGUCUCUCUCCACUCCCUCUGCGUCUGAAGCUCCAACUUCUCGCUCAGUUUUCCUGCGCGUAAAACCUUUGGGGAGCCCUGCCGGCUGGUCUCCUCCUCCUCGCUCCGCGCGUAAUUCUCUGGAAGCGCUUUGCAAACUUGUGAAGAAAUCUCACUUUAUUUCUGGCACCUGUUGCUGAAAGCGCAGAGCUGGACUUUAUCCCUCCGGGACAACUAUGGACUGACCCGGACCAGUGUCCAAGGAUCGCUUCAGCAGCAGCUGCAGCUUGGACACCCCCACCACCUCCACCCUGCACCGCCUCAUAAAAACGGCCGCUUUUGUGACCAAGAGGAGGACUUUAGACACCGAGGAGUGAAAUGAAAGCAGGAAGGAAGGGUUUCAGAAAGUGACACUGGAAGGAAUCUGUGCGCAUCUGGUUUAAAAAGAUAAAUAAAUAAAAGAGGAGCUGGAGCAGCCUGGAAAAAACAGCAGUGAGUGAAGUUUGCAACCGGACAGAAAGACUCCAACACUUCGGAUGGUGGAAGGAGAAAGUUUUCCUGCACAGCUGAGCUGAAGUUUUUCCUCCAGAGAAGACACGGUUUGGUGCUGACUAUAGCAGAGUUUAGGACAGAGGUGUUGCCCCCACAGUCUCCACCCCCAGCAUUGACCCAAUGAAGAGUUGAUGAGACUCAUGCUCUAAGAGUCCUUCAGGAGCCUCUUGGCAAACUUCAGAGCACUUUGCCCCGCACUGGCUGCUCCGCGCUGCCGCGGCGGGCAAUUAUGGACAACAGCCCCGUCCUGAGGAGACGAACCGGAGCCGCCCCACAUCUGCUCCAGCUGGCGGUCCUCCUCGCCUGCAGCUCCCAGCUUCGGAUGGUGGAGGCAAACUCAUGGUGGUCUCUAGGUCUGACCCCAAUCCAGCGACCUGAGAUGUACAUCAUUGGCGCUCAGCCUCUCUGCAGUCAGCUCUCUGGCCUUUCGCAGAGUCAGAGGAAGCUGUGCCAGCUGUACCAAGAUCAUAUGAGCUUCAUCGGGGAUGGAGCGAGAACGGGCAUCAAAGAGUGCCAGUACCAGUUCAGGCAGAGGAGGUGGAACUGCAGCACUGUGGACAACACAUCUGUGUUUGGGCGGGUCAUGCACAUUGGCUCAAGAGAGACAGCAUUUACCUACGCCAUCAGCGCCGCCGGGGUCGUCAACGCCAUCAGCCGGGCAUGCCGCGAGGGCGAGCUCUCCACCUGCGGCUGCAGCCGUGCUGCCCGGCCCCGAGAACUGCCACGUGACUGGCUGUGGGGUGGCUGCGGCGACAACGUGCAUUACGGCUACAGGUUCGCCAGGGAAUUUGUCGAUGCCAAGGAACGGGAGAAGAAUUACCCACGCGGGUCAAAAGAGAACGCACGAAUCCUCAUGAACCUGCACAACAACGAAGCUGGGAGGCUGGCAGUCUACAACCAAGCCCAUGUUGCCUGUAAGUGUCAUGGAGUCUCCGGUUCCUGCAGUUUGAAAACCUGUUGGCUUCAGCUGGCAGAUUUCAGACGAGUCGGAGAAUUUCUGAAAGAGAAAUACGACAGUGCUGCAGCCAUGCAGAUCGGACGCAAGGGAAAGCUAGAGCUCAAAGACAAGCGCUUCAACAACCCAACACCUGAGGACAUGGUCUACAUUGACACGAGCCCCGACUACUGCCUCCGAAACGAGACCACGGGCUCGCUAGGAACGCAUGGGCGUUACUGCAACAAAACCUCAGAGGGCAUGGAUGGCUGCGAGCUGAUGUGCUGCGGCAGAGGGUACGACCAGUUCAAGACCUACAAGCACGAGCGCUGCCACUGCAAGUUCCACUGGUGCUGCUACGUCAAAUGCAAGCGUUGCACGACGCUCGUGGACCAGUUUGUAUGCAAAUAACAUGCGGGGGAGCUCUGGCCUAAAGAAGGGAGAAAAUGUUGGAGAUUGAUGAUGUCCUUUUUAAUAUAAAGAGCUGAUUGAUGGACUGGUGUAUUAAAAAAAAAAAGAUGUCCAUUAUCCUGACAACACUCCUGAUUGGAAGGAUGAAAGAGCAAAAGAGCACAAACGAUGCACAAGUGAGGAAGAAAGGAGUCGGGAAAAAAAGGACCAAGCUUGAAGCCUUGCAGUGGGACACAGACCUGUGAGCUGAAGAGAUUAAAUAAAUAUAUAAGUAAAUGAAAAAUAAAUCUACAACUUAUACAUUUUAAUUUAAAGAGACUUCAAUUUGUUUCUAACUUUAAAGCAGCCUGACUCCUCUGUUUGCCCGCUGCUUUCUAAAUGCAAGAGCACUGCUAACAUCACCAUAGGCACUCCCAUCUUCACAGCAGGAGCAAAGAAACGCCCUAAAACACAGCCAUCGGGAAGAGAACAAGUCAACGUCAUAGAAAUUAACCUUUGGUGCCUUGUUAAAGUAUUCACACCCCAUCAAAUUAAGAUGGAAGUAGUCAAAUUUAUGAGAAAAA